GGCGGGUGCGGGGGUCGGGGCUGCCGGGCGGUUGCCUUGGAGACGCCGAGAGAUUGCCGGGACCGCACCUUUGCUGCUCGCGAGUGGGGGCGCGGCUGAGCGGGCCCGAGCGCUGCGGGUCGAGGGCCGAAUCCCGAGAGGAGGCCGGAGGCUUCCUCCGCAUCCCGAGGGCCAAUGUGGGAAACAGUCCGGAAAGGCAGUAGGACUAGGCGGGGCCUUGCGAGAGCCCCGCGGGCUUUCUCGCGGCGCUGGGCGCUGCCCUGAGGUGUCUGGGAGGGUUCUGUUCUCGGGAGAGGGUCACCGUGACCGCUGCGAGAGCACUGUCCACUCGCGGGCGCGGAGCGCAAAGCCUGGCGCUGACCCUUUCCUGGCGUCCUUUCACCUUCACAGCAGCCCGGCGAGAUUUAUGGACCGGCCCGGCCUCUGUCAGUAAUGGGAGGUGACGCUCUGUGGUGGUGCUGAAUCUCUCAGUAUGAUUCGAAUUGCAGCUUUAAAUGCCAGCUCUACAGUUGAAGAUGAUCAUGAAGGAAGCUUUAAAAGUCAUAAAACCCAGACAAAGGAGGCUCAGGAAGCAGAGGCUUUUGCCUUGUAUCACAAGGCCCUGGAUCUGCAGAAACAUGAUCGGUUUGAGGAGUCUGCCAAAGCCUAUCAUGAGCUCCUGGAGGCACACCUGCUGCGGGAGGCAGUUUCAUCUGGUGAUGAAAAAGAGGGAUUGAAACACCCUGGACUGAUACUGAAAUAUUCCACAUAUAAGAACCUGGCCCAGUUGGCAGCUCAGCGAGAGGAUCUGGAGACAGCCAUGGAGUUCUACCUGGAGGCAGUAAUGCUGGACUCCACGGAUGUCAACCUCUGGUAUAAAAUUGGACAUGUGGCCCUGAGGCUAAUCCGGCUCCCCCUGGCUCGACAUGCCUUUGAGGAAGGGCUGCAGUGCAAUCCUGACCACUGGCCCUGCCUGGACAACCUCAUCACUGUCCUGUAUACCCUCAGUGAUUAUACCACGUGUCUGUACUUCAUCUGCAAAGCAUUGGAGAAGGAUUGCCGGUACAGCAAAGGGCUGGUUCUCAAGGAGAAGAUCUUUGAGGAGCAGCCUUGUCUCCAGAAGGACUCACUCGUGAUGUUCCUCAAAUGUGAUAUGUCGAUUCACAAUGUGUCAGUGAGCGCAGCCGAGACACAAGCCAUUGUGGAUGAGGCCCUAGGGCUGCGAAAGAAGAGGCGAGCGCUACUGGUGCAGGAGAAGGAGCCGGACCUGAAACUGGUGCAGCCCAUCCCCUUCUUCACGUGGAAGUGCCUUGGAGAGAGCUUGCUAGCCAUGUACAACCACCUCACCACCUGCGAGCCCCCACGGCCCAGCCUUGGCAAGAGGAUUGACCUGUCUGAGUACCAGGACCCAAACCAGCUGCCAGCGUCCUCCAUGGUGGUGGUGCCUGUCAGUGUGAUCCAGCCCAGCCCUGUCAGUGCCAACCCUGCUGUAACAGUGGCUGAGCCUGUGCUUUCCUAUGCCCCUGUGGCUACAAACAGCUUCCCACUACAUAGUCCUGGCCUGCUGGACACAGGUGCUGCUAUGGGUGAUGUCUCUGGGGGAGAUAAAUCCAAGAAAGGGGUAAAGCGGAAGAAGAUUUCAGAAGAAUAUGGAGAGACAGCCAAACGGAGGUCUGCUCGUGUUCGAAAUACCAAGUGCAAAAAAGAAGAGAAAGUGGACUUUCAGGAGCUUCUGGUGAAGUUCUUGCCAUCCAGAUUAAGAAAGCUGGACCCCGAGGAGGAAGAUGAUCCCUUUAAUAAUUAUGAAGUCCAAUCAGAAGCCAAAUUGGAAAGCUUCUUGAGCAUGGGGCCUCAUCGACUGUCGUUUGACUCGGCCACGUUCAUGGAAUCUGAGAAGCAGGAUGUGCACAAGUUCCUGCUGGAAAACCUGACCAACGGGGGCAUCCUGGAGCUGAUGAUGCGCUACCUGAAGGGCAUGGGCAACAAGUUCCUGCUGAGGUGGCCGCCGGGCCUGGCAGAGGUCGUGCUCAGCGUCUACCAUAGCUGGAGGAGGCACAGCACCAGCCUGCCCAACCCAUUACUGAGGGACUGCAGCAACAAACACAUCAAGGACAUGAUGCUGAUGUCUCUCUCCUGUAUGGAGCUCCAACUGGACCAGUGGCUGCUAACCAAAGGCAGAAGCUCUGCAGUGUCUCCUCGGAACUGCCCUGCUGGUGUGGUGAAUGGCAGAUUUGGUCCUGACUUCCCAGGAGCCCACUGCCUGGGUGACCUCCUGCAGCUGUCAUUUGCUUCAUCCCAGCGUGACCUGUUUGAGGAUGGCUGGCUGGAAUUUGUAGUCCGUGUUUACUGGCUGAAGGCUCGUUUCUUGGCACUGCAGGGAGACAUGGAGCAGGCCCUGGAAAACUAUGAUAUCUGCACGGAAAUGCUUCAGAGCUCUACCGCAAUCCAGGCAGAGACAGGGGCGGAGCAAAGGGACAUUAUCAUUCGACUGCCCAACCUCCACAAUGACUCCAUUGUUUCCCUGGAGGAGAUUGAUAAGAACCUGAAGUCGCUGGAACGCUGCCAGUCCUUGGAGGAGAUUCAGCGGCUGUAUGAGGCUGGUGACUACAGAGCUGUUGUGCAUCUGCUCCGCCCCACUUUGUGCACCAGUGGCUUUGACCGGGCCAAACACUUGGAAUUUAUGACCUCCAUCCCUGAGAGACCAGCCCAGCUGCUUCUGCUGCAGGACUCCUUGCUCCGGUUGAAGGAUCACCAGCAGUGUUUUGAAUGCUCUGAGGUAUCUCUGAAUGAGGCUGUCCAGCAAAUGGUGAACUCAAGUGAGGCUGUAGCCAAGGAGGAGUGGGUGGCCACAGUGACCCAGCUGCUGCUGGGUAUCGAGCAGGCACUCUCUGCAGACAGCAGUGGCCACAUCCUGAAGGAAUCGUCCUCUACCACUGGCCUCAUCCGGCUCACCAAUAACCUCAUCCAGGUCAUCGACUGCAGCAUGGCUGUGCAGGAAGAGCCCAAGGAGCCCCAUGUCUCGUCAGUGCUGCCCUGGAUCAUCUUGCACAGGAUCAUCUGGCAGGAGGAGGACACCUUCCAAUCCCUGUGUCACCAGCAGCAACUCCAGAACCCGGCGGAGGAAGGUGCGCUGGUAGCAGGGAUGUCAGAAACACCCAUGCUCCCAUCUUCCCUCAUGCUGCUCAACACAGCCCAUGAGUACUUGGGCAGGAGGUCCUGGUGCUGCAAUUCAGAUGGGGCUCUGCUUCGAUUUUACGUGCGAGUUCUCCAGAAGGAACUUACCGCAUCCACCUCUGAAGACACACACCCCUAUAAGGAGGAGCUGGAGACAGCCUUGGAGCAGUGCUUUUACUGCUUGUACAGCUUUCCCAGCAAGAAGAGCAAGGCCAGGUACCUGGAGGAGCACUCAGCUCAGCAGGUGGAGCUUAUAUGGGAAGAUGCCCUAUUUAUGUUUGAGUACUUCAAGCCCAAGACCCUUCCUGAAUUUGACAGCUACAAGACCAGCACGGUAUCUGCUGAUUUGGCCAACCUUCUGAAGAGAAUUGCCACCAUAGUCCCCCGCACAGAGAGGCCAGUACUGAGCCUGGACAAAGUCUCCGCCUACAUUGAGGGGACCUCAACUGAGGUGCCCUGCCUCCCGGAAGGGGCUGACUCUUCCCCUCCUGUGGUAAAUGAACUCUACUACCUCCUGGCUGACUAUCAUUUCAAAAACAAGGAGCAGUCCAAGGCCAUCAAGUUCUAUAUGCAUGACAUCUGCAUCUGCCCCAACAGGUUUGACUCCUGGGCAGGCAUGGCUUUGGCCCGAGCUAGCCGCAUUCAAGACAAGCUGAACUCCAACGAACUGAAGAGUGAUGGACCCAUAUGGAAACAUGCCACGCCUGUCCUGAACUGCUUCCGACGAGCCCUGGAAAUCGACAGCUCUAACCUGUCCCUUUGGAUUGAAUACGGCACCAUGUCCUAUGCCUUACACUCUUUUGCUUCACGACAGUUGAAGCAGUGGAGAGCCGAGCUGCCUCCUGAGCUUGUGCAGCAGAUGGAGGGUCGGCGUGACAGCAUGCUGGAGACAGCAAGGCACUGUUUCACAUCAGCAGCCCACUGUGAGGGUGAUGGUGAUGAGGAGGAGUGGCUUAUCCACUACAUGCUGGGCAAGGUGGCUGAGAAGCAGCAGCAGCCACCGGCUGUCUACUUGCUGCACUAUAGGCAGGCCGGUCACUAUCUGCAUGAGGAAGCUGCCCGGUACCCCAAGAAGAUCCACUACCACAAUCCACCCGAGCUGGCCAUGGAGGCCCUGGAGGUAUUCUUCCGGCUCCACGCUUCCAUCCUGAAGCUCCUGGGGAGACCUGAUUAUGGUGUCAGUGCAGAGGUCCUGGUCAGCUUUAUGAAGGAGGCUGCAGAAGGUCCCUUUGCCAGGGGCGAGGAGAAGAACACACCCAAAGCUUCAGAAAAGGAGAAGGCCUGCCUGGUGGACGAGGACUCCCACUCUUCAGCUGGGACACUGCCGGGCCCCGGAGCCUCCCUCCCCUCCUCUGGCCCAGGUCUGACAUCCCCACCUUACACAGCCACUCCGAUUGACCACGAUUACGUCAAAUGUAAAAAACCCCACCAGCAGGCAACGCCGGACGAUCGAAGCCAGGACAGCACAGCUGUGGCACUCUCAGACUCCAGCUCGACACAGGACUUCUUUAAUGAGCCCACCACCUUGCUGGAGGGCUCCCGGAAGCCUUAUGCAGAGAAGAGGUUACCUGCAUUCAGUGCCCAAGCAGGAUCAACCAAUAAAGACCUCCAAGGGCCCACAGAGGAAAGAGGAAAGACUGAGGAAUCCUUGGAGAGCACAGAAGGCUUCCAGGCUACAGAGCAAAGCAUCCAGAAACCUGCUGCAGACCUCACCGCCUUGGUUUGCGUACCUGUCAAGCCCCUGGUGUCUGCAUCUGCUUUGUGGGAUGGGAAAAAGAAGGUUGACCCUCCCGGGGAGCCAGUAGCUUUCCCUCAGGGACUGCCAGCUGGUGCCGAAGAACAGCGCCAGUUCCUUACAGAACAGUGCAUUGCUUCCUUUCACCUGUGCCUGAGCCGCUUCCCUCAGCACUACAAGAGUCUCUACCGACUGGCCUUCCUCUACACCUACAGCAAGACCCACCGGAACCUCCAGUGGGCCCGCGAUGUGUUGCUAGGCAGCAGUAUCCCGUGGCAACAACUGCAGCACAUGCCGGCACAGGGGCUCUUCUGCGAGAGGAACAAGACCAAUUUCUUCAACGGCAUCUGGCGGAUCCCCGUGGAUGAGAUUGACCGGCCAGGCAGCUUCGCCUGGCACAUGAACCGCUCCAUUGUACUGCUGCUCAAGGUGCUGGCCCAGCUGCGGGACCACAGCACCCUGCUGAAGGUUUCCUCCAUGCUGCAGCGGACCCCGGACCAGGGCAAGAAGUAUUUGCGAGAUGCUGACCGCCAGGUCUUGGCACAGCGGGCCUUCAUCCUCACUGUGAAGGUGCUGGAGGACACGCUAAGCGAGCUUGCAGAGGGAUCAGAACGCCCAGGGCCCAAGGCCUGUGGCAUCCCUGGAGCCAGGAUGACCACUGACGUCUCACACAAGACCAGCCCUGAGGAUGGCCAGGAGAGCCUCCCUAACCCCAAGAAGACUCCUCUGGCUGAUGGUUCAGACCCAGAGCCUGAACCAGGGGCCAAAGUGGGCUCCCUCAACCACCGGCCUAUGGCCAUGGACGCAGGAGACAGAGCAGACCAGGGCGGGGAGCGGAAGGACAAGGAGAGUCCUCGAACAGGGCCCACUGAGCCCAUGGACACAGGCGAGGCUGCCAUUCGCUGCCCAGACUUGGAACGGACACUGCCCCUACCGCCAGGCCGCCCUCUGAGGGAUCAGGGUCCUGAGAGCCGGCCUGCUGAGCUGUCCCUGGAGGAGCUAAGCAUCAGUGCCCGGCAGCAGCCCACUCCACUCACAUCAGCCCCAGUAGCACCCACUGCCAACACUAGCCCCACCACUGCCUCCGGGGCCAAGGGCGGCAGCCACCCCGAGGAGCCACCCCCACGGCACAGCCGCAAGAGGAAGCUCUUGGAGGACACGGAGUCCGGCAAGACACUCCUGCUGGAUGCCUACCGCGUGUGGCAGCAGGGCCAGAAGGGUGUGGCCUAUGACCUGGGCCGAAUCGAGAGGAUCAUGUCAGAGACCUACAUGCUCAUCAAGCAGGUAGACGAGGAGGCUGCACUGGAGCAAGCUGUGAAGUUCUGUCAAGUCCACCUUGGAGCUGCUGCCCAGAGACAGGCUUCAGGGGACACACCCACCACCCCCAAGCACCCCAAGGACAGCCGAGAGAACUUCUUCCCCGUAGCUGUGGCUCCCACAACACUGGACCCUGUACCAGCUGAUAGUUUGCAGAGGGCCAGUGACACCCACACCAAGCCCCGCCCUGCGCUGGCUGCCACCAUGGCUGUCAUCAGCUGUCCUCCCUCAGCAUCAGCCUCCACCCCAGACCCAUCCAAGGACUCCGGAACCCCUCGGCCACCCAGGCCCGAGGCCACCCCCAGCAUGGCCUCUCUAGGCCCAGAGGGAGAAGGGCUAGGACGACUGGCAGAGGGCACCAGCUUCCCACCCCAGGAGCCACGGCGCAGUCAGCCCGUGAAGACAGCCUCUGCGUGUCCCGCUGCAGAGCCCCAGACAGGCGCCGAGCCUACCUGCAGCCAAGCUGCCAGCUCCAAGGUUCCCAGCAGUGGGAGCACCCAGCCACCAGAAGGCCAUCCGGGUAAGGUUGAGCCCAGCCGGGCCAAGUCCCGCCUCCUGCCUAACAUGCCAAAGCUGGUAAUACCCUCAGCCACCACCAAGUUCCCCCCUGAGAUCACCGUUACACCGCCCACCCCGACCCUGCUCUCCCCCAAAGGCAGCAUCUCGGAGGAGACCAAGCAGAAGCUGAAGUCAGCCAUCCUGUCUGCCCAGUCAGCUGCCAACGUGAGAAAGGAAAGCCUGUGCCAGCCAGCCCUGGAGGUCCUAGAGACAUCCAGCCAGGAGUCCUCACUAGAGAGCGAGACCGAUGAGGACGAUGACUACAUGGACAUCUGAGGAGGGCCAGCAGAGUCCACGGCCACGCCCUGGAGGACCAGCCAGGCCUGGAAUGCCCUGGCAAGGCCAGAGGCCCACGUGGGGCACAUUUCCCCACGCAGCCUCUUGGCACCCUCCCUCCCGUGUGGGCUGUCCACACCCACCAGUGGGACUCGGAGCAGGAAGAGGCAGCCCAUUCUGCCACAUAAGGACGGAUUGGUUUCGAUCUUCACAGCAAGCCUGGCACCCUUUUCUAUGAAAUGCUGACUUUGUAAAUGUCCCACACCCAGCCCAGCCAGCCACAUCCACAGCGGGACACCAGGAUGAGCCGGGCUCUGCCUGGGUCCCAGUGGUGGGAUCUACUAGGGCCAGGUUUUCUCCACACCGUUUUUGGUUUCUUUUCUAAUAAAGAUGAA